AUGAAGCUUCACAAUAACGAAAACCCAGCUGUAUUCAUCCUCACCCCGGAAAGUGCAGAGGGCCUGGCGAUCAGCGCUGCAAACUACGUCGUUUUACUCCAGAAACUCUGGAGCACCAAUGAGCAACGCCACGCUCUUGCCCAUGUACAUCCAAUCACAAAAAAUCGGCCCACAAAAGCCUUUAUCUUACAUUCCGAGGGCGAGGUCGAUGAUCGGGCGGAACAGUUGCACGAGCUGUAUGGAAUUUUAGAUUACCAACUUUUAUAUAGGGUCAUGGGAACUGACACCACGAUUAGAGAGAUUUUGAACUACGGAGGAACUCUAUAG